AUGGCAAGCGUCUCAGGUGACCAUGCUCUGACUAGAGCUACUGGAGGCUCUUUUGUAGCAGCUCACACGGGUAAUCUGGCAUCACCGUGUGGACGUCCGCAUCCUCUAUCUCGGCCCCAGCAUCUAGCGGCCCUAGCAGGGGGUGCAGAUCUAAUUCAAAUGGACGCUCUCGAUUCUGUGUUCGAUCCUCUUAGAGAUUUCGCCAAAGACAACGUUAGGCUCGUCAAAAGAUGUCACAAGCCUGAUCGUAAAGAAUUUACCAAGGUUGCUACUCGUACAACGAUCGGUUUUGUUGUGAUGGGCUUUGUUGGAUUUUUACCAAGGUUGUUAAUCGUAAAGAAUUUACCAAGGUUCCGAGCUCCGACUCCUCACUCCUCACAAAUUCCGGGCAAAGAAGAUGCUGCUCGAAGAUUAAUUUUAUAUUCGAAACUCAUUUCAAAGUCUGAGUCCAAAUGCCCCACUGUUGGUAUUCAAGGCAUUGCUUGGGCUUUUGGGGGCAUGAUCUUUGCCCUUGUCUACUGUACUGCUGGCAUUUCUGGAGGAUACAUAAAUCCAGCAGUGACCUUUGGGCUGUUCUUGGCAAGGAAACUGUCGUUGACAAGGGCAGUGUUCUACAUGGUGAUGCAGUGUCUUGGUGCUAUCUGUGGUGCUGGUUUGGUCAAAGGGUUCGGCAAAACUCUUUAUCAAACAAAGGGUGGUGGUGCCAAUAUUGUAAAUCUUGGUUACACAAAGGGAUCAGGUCUUGGUGCUGAGAUCGUUGGCACUUUUGUUCUUGUUUACAUUGUUUUCUCUGCUACUGAUGCUAAGCGUAGUGCUAGGGAUUCACAUGUCCCUCUUUUGGCACCAUUGCCUAUUGGAUUUGCUGUGUUCCUGGUACACUUGGCCACAAUUUCAAUCACUGGUUUCUCUGCUGCUGCAUCUUAG